AUGUCUAAGCAACUGUCGGGUGCACAAAAGAGAAAUAUAAGGAAACGAAAAUUAGAAGAAUGCAAGUCAAUGUCGCAACAAUUUGUUAAAUGGCUAAGUACAGAAACACUAGAGAACAGAGGAUGUGCGGAAGAGGUCAAACCUACUACUGCUUCACAAGCUGAUGAUUCAACACUACAUUUGACAUCUACCCCUUCAAUGAACGACAAUUCUCAGAGAAGCAAAAACAAGGAGCCACUGCAAGAAGUAAAAUCUACUACUUCACAAGAUAUUUUACUACAGUUGCCCCAUAAUAAUUCAAAAGAGGACGAGCCUGCACAAAGUACUGUCUCUCAAAUCGAUAAUACUGUACAAAAUAUGUGCUCUACUGUUCCAGAAGAAAUACUGCUAAAUUACAACGAUCCCCAUUCCUGGCCAACUAUUACAAAUAAAUUAAUAUAUUCCCUUGUCAUACAUGGUCCGGAUCAAGGUGACAACGUUAACUUUAACACGUUGAAAGCAGAUGAUUCAGGGCGAAAAUUUACAAAGGACUGGUUUUAUGUUAAACAAAUUAAUGGAGAAAUUGUUAAAAGAAAGUGGAUUUUAUAUUCCAUUAAUCAAAAUGCAGUAUUUUGCUUUUCUUGCAUGCUUUUUGGACACAAAUCACAUAAUCUUUCAGAUCCACAAAAAGAAUUUCAUGAUUGGAGGCAUCUUCAUCCGGUUAUUCCUUUACACGAAAAUUCUCCGGAGCACCGAAAUUCGUAUGUGAAAUGGAAAGUGAUGGAAAAAAAUCUAAAAUUUAGGAAAUGCAAUCAAUGA